AUGCGCAUGCCGGUGCUGAGCCAACCUGUCGUUGAUGGCAUCGACUGGGGCAUCGUCGGUGUUGCAGGGUGCCUGCUGCUGGUCAGCGUUGUCGGGGCGCUCCUAGCUCUAAGAUACUCCAGCUCCAAACGCCGCCCUGUGGCCCGCGAGUUCAACUACCUAUGGCGCGUCCGGGCGUUCACGGAGCUCCUAGCAGCUGGAUAUGCCCUCGCGCACCUGCUCAGACUGCAGGUGCUGUGGGGCCCGGCGUCCGUGUUCAAGGCCGGUGGCUACCACCCGACCUCAUUAUGCCGCGUGUACAUCGCAGCCACCUACGGGGUGUUCGAGCCGGGCUUCCUGCUUCUUGCGCUGUUUGCCUGUCUGUACUCCGUACAGGGUCGCGACUCAUCAAAGCACCCCAACUUCAACAUCGUCGUCUUCUCCACAGCCCUCUCCCUUCCCUCCUGCGCCAUCCAGCUCGUCGCUGCGCUCUUCACUCGUAUCUUUGACCUCAAUUAUGCCAACAACCGCAUGCUUGGUCGCCUGUUUUCAGCGUAUGACACAUCCCUGCAUCAGCACUGCGAUGCAGUCGGCAGUGCUGGAACCGGCGACCCCACAGCAAUCGCCAACUGCGCCUUCUGCGUCUUCCCGCUCCUCUCCACCUUCGCCUCUACAGCCCUCUCCGCCGUCUUCCUCCUCGCCUUUUGGCUGGUCACGCAGCGCAUCGCCGCAACAGUCAUCAACAAGGCGUUAUCGCGACGUGUACGCAUGCUACAGGCCUCCGUAACCUUAUGGAUAAUCGUCAGCCUCGCCUGCCGCGGCUGCACCGUGUUGUUUCGGCCUUUCGAUCUGGGUUUCGAAGUCCUGCGUGCGGCACAUGUGUUGGCAGUCGCUGCACUGGUGAUUACCCUCGAGUUCUUCCUAGUCCUGAAGCCCGUGUGGGACACGCACGUAGCCGACCGCGCCGUCAAGCGCUUUGAGCGUCAGGACACGGGCGGCCUACCACAGCCGCUACUGCCAAACCCGCUCUAUCCGCCCACAGAGCUGCAGCUUCUGGAGUCGUCCACUUCGACACGGCAGCAUGGGGAGGAGGAGCGGGUAUAG